GUAGGCAGCGCGGCGGGACCGCGGAGCCCUCGGCAGCGGAGGCUGCUGCAGCGACCGAGCAGGGCUGCGCGCCGAAGAUGGCCGAGAAGCAGAAGCUCGAAGGGCGGGUGAAAAUCGGACACUACGUGCUGGGAGACACGCUGGGCGUCGGCACCUUCGGCAAAGUGAAGAUUGGUGAACAUCAGUUGACAGGCCAUAAAGUGGCAGUUAAAAUCUUAAAUAGACAGAAGAUCCGCAGUUUAGAUGUUGUUGGAAAAAUAAAACGGGAAAUUCAAAAUCUAAAACUUUUUCGUCAUCCUCAUAUUAUCAAACUAUACCAGGUGAUCAGCACUCCAACAGACUUUUUUAUGGUAAUGGAAUAUGUGUCCGGAGGUGAAUUAUUUGACUACAUCUGUAAACAUGGACGGGUUGAAGAGAUGGAAGCCAGGCGGCUCUUUCAGCAGAUCCUGUCUGGUGUGGAUUACUGUCACAGGCAUAUGGUUGUUCACCGGGACCUGAAACCAGAGAAUGUGCUAUUGGACGCUCACAUGAAUGCCAAGAUAGCUGAUUUUGGACUAUCUAAUAUGAUGUCAGAUGGCGAAUUUCUGCGAACUAGUUGUGGAUCUCCAAAUUAUGCAGCACCUGAAGUGAUCUCAGGCAGACUGUAUGCAGGUCCUGAAGUUGAUAUCUGGAGCUGCGGAGUUAUUUUGUAUGCUCUUCUUUGUGGCACCCUCCCGUUCGAUGAUGAGCACGUGCCCACGUUAUUUAAGAAGAUCCGAGGGGGUGUUUUUUAUAUCCCGGAGUAUCUCAAUCGUUCUGUGGCCACUCUCCUGAUGCAUAUGCUGCAGGUUGACCCCCUGAAACGAGCAACUAUCAAAGACAUAAGAGAGCAUGAAUGGUUUAAACAAGAUUUGCCCAGUUACUUAUUUCCUGAAGACCCCUCCUAUGAUGCUAAUGUCAUUGAUGAUGAGGCUGUGAAAGAAGUGUGUGAAAAAUUUGAGUGUACAGAAUCAGAAGUAAUGAACAGUUUGUAUAGUGGUGACCCUCAAGACCAGCUUGCAGUGGCUUAUCAUCUUAUCAUUGACAAUCGAAGAAUAAUGAACCAAGCCAGUGAGUUCUACCUCGCCUCUAGUCCCCCCACUGGUUCUUUCAUGGAGGAUAGUGCCCUGCCUGUUCCCCCAGGCCUGAAACCUCAUCCGGAACGAAUGCCGCCUCUCAUAGCAGACAGCCCUAAAGCAAGGUGUCCGUUGGAUGCACUGAAUACAACCAAACCCAAAUCUUUAGCUGUAAAGAAAGCUAAAUGGCAUCUUGGAAUCCGAAGUCAAAGCAAACCAUAUGACAUUAUGGCUGAAGUCUACCGAGCUAUGAAGCAGCUGGAUUUUGAAUGGAAGGUAGUGAAUGCAUACCAUCUUCGUGUAAGGAGAAAGAAUCCUGUGACUGGCAAUUAUGUGAAAAUGAGCUUACAGCUCUACCUGGUUGACAACAGAAGCUAUCUCUUGGACUUCAAAAGCAUUGAUGAUGAGGUGGUGGAACAGAGGUCUGGUUCCUCAACACCUCAGCGUUCCUGCUCUGCUGCUGGCUUACACAGACCAAGAUCAAGUUUUGAUUCUGUAACUCCUGAGACCCAUUCACUCUCUGGCUCCCUCACUGGCUCCUUGACCGGAAGUACAUUGUCUUCAGUCACACCUCGCCUGGGCAGUCACACCAUGGAUUUUUUUGAAAUGUGUGCCAGUCUGAUCACUACUUUAGCUCGUUGAUGAUCUUUCCCUAGUUUAUAUCUUUCUGUUAUUGCACUGUGAAAAUCACAUAUAUUCUUUAAAUUAUUUUACCUGUGCGUAUCACAUACUCUAAAAUGCUGAUUGACAGGCAAAAAUAUUGCCAGCGGACACUUAAUGCCAUUGAAAUUACUGAAAACAGAAAAGUCUGACAUUUAUUUACUUGUAGAAAUCUAUAAUUCUAUUUUGUGAUAAAUUCCCAUAAGCAAAUAUGUAAACAUUGAUGAAGAUUGUUAAUUAAAAUUGUGAGUUCACUACACACGAUUAAUACACCUUCACUGGUGAACUAGCUCAAUCAAAGGGUAUUUUGGCAGAAUCUUCUUGCUUUACUCUUUGGUGUAGGUAAAUCCAGUUUACAAAUUCCUAAAAAUUUCAGCAAUCUUUAAGCUAUGCUUUUGCACCCAAUUCUUUUGCAUAAGAAUAUUUUAAAAAAUUAGCAAGAUAGUUUUUAAAUGUUGAAAUCUUAAAAGCCUGUCCCCCAAAUUUUAGAAGCCAAGUUCUAGCAGAUUCUGCCUAGUGUUGAACAGAAAGGCUGUGGUCCUCAAACAGGUAACCAUGAUUUCCUGGUUCCUUAAAAAUGACUGUAACCAAGUAGAGGUUUUAUCUUGAGAUUUCCAUGAAAAAUAUACCAGUUUUAAGAGCCUUCAAGGUUCUACUCAGUAUUGGAGUAUCUGGAAUUGCAACAACUUUUGUCAUAAACUUCCAUCAUUUUAAAACCUGCCUUCAAAAUCUACCUUUCCCAAAUUCUUUUUGGCUCUAUCUAUUUUUAUACUUUGCCGAGCAUUGUAAAAUUGACAGUUACAUGAAACAAAGCAAAAUAUCAACAGUCCCUUAAGAGAGAACUCUGUUACUGUGUGUAGUGGCAGGGUGUGCGUUUGUGUGCCUGUGUGUAAGGUGUUGCAUCCCACAUGUUAAUUUUUCAUCUGAAGUUGAAGUUUGUCCUUGUAGCCAUCCCCUUCCUCAUUUUCCCCAGUCACCAUUGUCUUUGUUUGUUGUUUGAUCCUUAGUGGCUGAUUGGUUUAGCUUUUAAAUCUCUGGUUCCUUUUCUUUGUCUUAUGUCUUUAUUGCUAGCCAUCUAAUUUGAAAACACUGUUUGGGCCUUAAGGGCUUUUUAUGUAAUUCCAAAGCUUGAUAGGCAAUGACCUUCACUGUUGAACUUAUUAGGGCAGGGAGCCUUAAACAUGAAAAAAACAGAAAAACUCCCGUAUAAAUAUAUGUGUUGUUUACAUAUAUAUAUGUAUGUAUUCACACACCAAUGCUUUUGAUGGAAAACCAAACAAUUUUUUUGUUGUUUCAUUUUGUGCAGGUUGUAUUAUUUUGUAAUCUUUAAAGAAAAACAACCUGUAUACAGCAGGGUAGAUAAUAGCUUAUAAAUUAUAUUUUGUUUUAGUAGAAGUAUUUAAUUUUUAAAUUAUAUAUAAUUUAUCUAAUCUGUAUUUAUUCAUUUGUUUUCUUUAGUAUAUUGUAAUUAGCAAUCUCAUUCACCUGACUUACCCUAGAAAAGAUUAAGCUCUUGGAAACAAAAAGUGACUAAUCCUUGACAGGUUUUUCUUUGCCAAAAAAUGAUGUUUUCUACCAGAAGCAAAUGAGAAUGAACGUUAGACCAAAUCUCCCCUGUGUUUAUGGAAGACAAGCACGUCUACCUUUAAAUACUUUUGAGCCGAGGGUUUUCAGUGUUACAUCAUGUUGUUUUGUAAAACUUUUAAACAGUCUUGACUUCUUAAUAUCAAAAGGAAUCAUUGUUGGGAAAGAGGGUGGGGUUGCAGUUCAGAAGUUUUAAGUUUAAACCUUUGAAAGGUUGCCACCUAGUGGCACCAAAGGGUGCUUUUUUUGUGAUUAUUUUUACAGGGAUAAGUAGUAGUUCUAUUGUGUUAUUUUGAUGUACAUUAUAGAUACCACAUAAUUCUCACUUCUCCAAAUGUGUAAAUAUUUACCUCUUUUUGGAGAAGCUAGGCCACCUCAUCACAUUUGCCUGUCUAUGAAUGGGACGACCUUAGCAAUAAGGAACUAGUCUGAUUCCUUAUCCUCAGUGAUAAAAUUCCUAGUACUUUUGAAGGUAGAGAAACAGCAGGAUGGAAUCCAGUGGUAUUUUAGCUUUGUUAGUCUUAAUAAAUCAUAUAUUAGAAACUUAUUCAUAUCAAAAUUACUUUAUGUGGAUGAUUGUCAUUUUUUGAGAGUUAAAAUACUAUUUACUAUUUUCUCAUUCUUGUCCAUUUUCAUGAAUAUCUACAGUGUGGUAGUUACUUGUUGAAUUUUAGGAGAACCAAGGGUCACAGUUUUGGUUUUUGUAUGCUUAAGUUUUUAAAACACAGCUAUUUUGUGAAUCUAGAAUUGUUUUGUGGAGAGAAGAUUGCAGGAGGCUUAGUUCAGUAUAAGAGGAGCUAGAACAUUGUCCAAGGAGGCUUUUUGUUGCUAAUGAACAGAAGGGGAAAGAAUCAGUGCUAAAUUCCCACAUUCAGGCAUAUCACCUGGUUUACUGUGGAUGUGGUAUGUGGUGGGUAGAUCUGGGGUCGGAACAAUUUUUUCUAGUUAAAAUUCUGGGAGAGAGCUUCUAUUAUUAGGUUACAGAUAAAACCCUAGCUAUAUCAUGGAAAUGGACUCCAUGGGAUUCUAGAGCAGCAUUUCCCAAAUUGUGUCCUGUGAGAUGCUCUGCAGAAAACGACUCCCCUUGGGCAAGUUUGGAAAAUGUUACAUGCUACUCUCGCUCUUGAGAUGACAGUGGAUAUGAGCAUUAAAGACUUUGAUAAGUUCUCUAUGGGAAAAAAAGACAACCAUUUAGCUUUGUUUAACUCUGCUUGACCAGAAUUGAUGUAACCAUGUUUUUAAACUUACUAUCCAUGGGAAAAAGAAAAUUUAGAAAAUACUAGUUUAGGAAAAUUACUGUUCUAGGUUGUCAUAAUUAGUAUAGUUAAGAAUCAAGUUAGGAUUUCCUUUUCCCUUUUCAGUUGUUAGAAAGAAUCUGGUUCAAAAUCAGAAUAAUUUCAUUUUAACCUGUGGACAUAGUCAUCUUGAGCUGGACUUAAAUAGGAUUGUGUAUGUCUGUAACCUGUUUCAUAGCAUCUUCAUUUUCUUAAUCAGGUUGUGUAUUGUUUGGGAGUGAAAUUUAUUGUUUUUUAUGUGUGUGUGCUGGAUAACCGAGAAAUCCUGAACAAGGUUACUUGUAAGAAAGUACUGAAAGACUAGUGACCACAGCUUAUGGCCUUAUGGAUAAUGAGUCAGUUAUCAUUGAUUCUUGCUUUCAAAAAGUGUCAUCAGUGAACAUUUUCUAAGUACUUUUAAAUAGGGCACCAUAUUAGAACUCAUUCCUAUUAUCCUUUAAGAACAAACAACAUCUCAAAUUGGAGGCAGGUAGGCAGAUUUAUUACAAGUGGGAUUUUUGUUUCGAUCAACAAGUUUUCAAGAGAUACUUUUGUAACCUUUAGUGUUUGCAUUCCCUGAUACUAGUCAUCUAUAAAGAGAAUCCAGGAGCCUAAAUUAAUCAGAAAUUAUUAUACUUCUGUGUCAGGAAAUUGGCUAUAUGUACAGAAAAUUUUCUGGUUUUUGCGAAUAGGUUUUUAAUGACAGUUACGUAAUUCCAGGCUUGAUUUUUCGUAUUCCCUGGUCAGUUUAUACUCAGGGAAUAGAAAUCGAUUUUUAGUAUUAGAUGAGACAUAAGUGAGAAAAUAAUCAUAGACAACAGUUAUAAGUUAUUUUCUUGACUGAAUUUGUAGCUCCUAUUAAUGUGCAGCAUACUGAGUUAAUAUAAGCACUGCACCUUCCGUUUAUAAAACACGAAAGCUUAGAAUGUGUCUACUGCAGGCACUUCCUCUUUGUUCACUGGUUAAUAAUUUAAAUUUUAUUAGUGGUUGUGAAAUCUCAUCAUCUAAAUGCUAGGCAUGUUCACAGUUUUGUUUUCAAAGACACCCACCUUUUCAAUCUGGCAUUUCUGUACCUCCUGUCACUCUGUGACUUUUUAGAUAAGGAAUGUAGUUUAUUUUCAUUACCGUUCUCAGAGAUCCUACUUUAUUACAAGUUCUGGGUGAGGGAUAUGUGCAAUCUGUUGGUAAGUCACAUCCUCUGUUGGGGUUCAUUUUUGUAACCUCUAAAGUGAGAGGGAUAGAUGAAAAGACUCUGAGGUAUUUGAGCUUUAACGUUCUUUCCUUUCAUGAUUUGUGUUACUGUCCACUUUUUAUAUUUUUAGAGUGUCUAUACUAGUGAGAAUAUUCUAUAUAUGUUUGGUGAGGCAUUUUGAAGGUAUAUACUUGAAUUUUUUUUCUAAAUACAACCACCCUCUGGAAUACAAAUGGCAGAAAUGCAGAAAACCAUACAUGUUAAAACAUCAUGUGUACUUGACAUAAAACACAACACAAUUAAUUUGAAGUGAUGGAAGCGUUCCAUACAUUUUUAUAGUGAUUUAGAUCCAGACCCUCCAUAUCUAUUAACUUAGUUAACACAUUGCCGUAACCUUGUAAGGUAACCACUCUCUGGAUGAGAAAGCAGGACCAGAAAGCCCUUCAUAAAGAUUUCAUGCCAUGCAAGUACUCAGUGAUGACCACUGCUUUCUGUGUGUUCCCCUCCCCUGGGGGGAAUAGCCCAGUCCCUGAAAUGAGUAAGAACAGUAAACGCAGGAAUAUUGCUUUCAAGUCUUGGAUGACAUGACGUAGUCUUAACUGAGUCUUUCUUCAUUUAUUUGAACCAGUUGAUUGCACUACCUAGAUGUAAUUAUCUAAAGUAUUUAAGAUUUAUUUAGCAUAUGGAUUUUUACAAGUACUUCUAAGUUAAUGAGGGUGCUUAAAAAUAUUGAAGAAACUUUUUAGGGCAUGCUUCUUCCUUUAAUUUACAUGGUUCUGUAGUACAGUCUUUUUCAAAAGUAAAACUAGCUCCAGCCCCUAUCCUAAAUUAUCAUAGUUUUUGACUAUUACAUGAAUUAGGCUUAUCUAAAUUUCAUAUACAGAUUGAUAAUUUUUUAUUUUAUAUGCAUACUAGAUGAUAAAACACUAUUUUCAUAGAAUAUAUUUCUAUUCACGAACUACCUAAUUAUUAUCUGUUGGAUAGAGAUUCUCCCAAACCUUAUAAAACUUUGAAAUGUAAUUUUUGUUUGAUGAGCUUUAAAAAUUGUAUAAAUCUUAUUUAAACAAGUUGCUGGCCUCCUUACUAGCCUUUCCCACAUAUAAUUAUGAUGCAUUUGACGGCACUGAACGCAGUCCAGACUGGAUUGGGUUUAAUUAAACUUUCUCAGCCAUAACCUGAUAAGAAUCAGGCUGGUCUAGAAGUCAUCAGACUGUGGGUCUGUAUUAACUUUGUGAGCCAGUGGUAAUGUUUACUGCCAGCCUUGCAUAGCCAUGCCACUUUGCAGCUGCAACUGUGUGUGUGACUUUCAGUAACUAUGGUUUAUAUCUAAAGCAGUUUAGAUUUUAUGGAAUUAGCUCAUGAUUAUUGGGACAAGCAGGGUAGGUAAAUUUCAGUUACAUUUAAAGUGCAAUUAAGGAAAUUUUAGAAUAGAGUGCUCUUUACAAGGAAAAAAAUGUAUUUCUAGAAUAUCCUAGCAUGAAAACUUUUUUGAGAAUUCAUAGAAUUUUGACAAAGUUCAUACAGUGUUUUGUUUAUUUGUUUAUUCAAGGUUUGUUACUUUGCAUUAAUUUAAAAUUUCAAGGAGAAAUAGGAACGUUCUGUUGCCAAGGAGAAUUGCAUAGUUAAUUUUUGCUGCUAAUUUAUGCAUGCAUUUUUCACAGCUGAUAGUCCUUUUAAGUAAGUUUUGUUACGAGGAAAGGCCAUUUUUCUAGACAGAUAACAUUUUUCUAAAAUGAAAAAGAAACAGAUCCACUGAUCUAAAAACCACCUUAAUUGUGCCUUCUGUUUUAAAUUAUAGGAACAGUAAUAAUUAGUCACAAACUUGUUCAAACUGUAUUUUCUUCUAAGUCCUCUCUCUUUUCCCUACACCUGCCCUCUGUGACCGGCCACAGUGUUUGCUUGCGUCUGUUCUCAGGUUCCUCUGACCAGACUCACCCUGGCACCGCCAGAGGUGAGCCACUAGAUGUAUUUUUCUAUUUCUCUUGUGUUGCUUUACUUUUUGAGUCACCUUAAUAAAAGUUUGGCUCACUUCCCAUGUUUUUAAAAUGAAUGCAAAUGAAUAGCAACCUUUAUAUUUCAACCCUUUAAAAAGUUUGUAAAGGGAAGAAGUAAUGCAGAGCCAAGAGCAUAGUCUAAUUUGAAAUCUCGUCUGAGUUUGUCUGCUGUGUCAGCCGCAGGGCACGCAACCUCCUCAUUCAGUUUUCUCACCUACAAAACUUGGAGAAUAACCUACCUCACAGAUGUGUGUGAGAGACUUUCUGAAAGCCCUUGUUUGAAUACAGGGUUUGUCAUACUCACAUUUAAUGUAAAUCCUCCCUUUUCAAAAGAGAUCUUUGAUAUUGAUAGGAUGAGUAUCUUGAUUUUAGGUAAGUAUUAUGUGGUACAAAUAUAGUAAUAAAAAUGUUUAAGACCACAGUUUUACAAAUUAUGGUUUUCUUAUUUUAAGUGACUUUUAAAAUUUCUUGCAAACAUUGAAUAUUCAACUAUUAAAUUUGUCUUUUGUUGCAUCAAAUACUGAGAACUUCUUAAAUUGUUGGCUGAAGCCGCCUUACUGUACCAAAAUACAGCUUUCUCUCAAGACUGUUCACAAAUCUGUGGUUGUACAAUGUUUUGAGUGUUCAAUGUGAAAUGGUUAAAGAACUGUAAACUCUAAGUAUAGUAAACUUAAUAUUGUUUUAGGAAGAAUGCUUGUAUUCUUUAUCAUGUAUACUUAAAUAUUAUACAGUGAAUUUUGAGUGCAACAAAUAAAACUUAUGAUUGCCAGCCAUUAGGUUAUGUCCAUGACAAUCAUAAAAAAUGUUGGAUCAGAUAUUAUUCAGUUUUUUUCCCAAGAACAUCGAGCAUUCAUUUUUUUCUUAGCCUGUCUUUGAGAAAAGAAAGAAAAAUUCCAUAGGCUGAUACAUUAAACUAUUGAAGCAUUUGAUUACAUAUUUAUUUUU